GGUAAUAAAAUCAAGAAAAGGAGAACAAAGGCAAGCAACAUUCAUAGAGAAGUCCAAAACAGAGAAAUGUGCUGCGUUGGCGGGAGCCAAAUCCCAAGAACCAAGAAUUACAAUGAUUGAUUGUAACCUUAGAUGAUGUACAACAUCCCCAUUUGCUUGGCUUUUCAUGAAGACCCUUAAUCUACUGUACUAUAUAUAUUUUCCCCUUUCUCUCAUCAUCCUCUCUUUCUUUUCCUCGCCAUGGCCUCCCAGUUCUCUCUGCACAUCUCCCACCUCUCUUCCGUAGAAUCUUUUGAGUCUGAGGACAGCAUAAGGUAUAAGUCUAGUUCCUCCCACAUCUCGGAGUUGAAGACGAAGUAUGGUCUUUCAAAAAACAAUCCCUUGUGUAGAUUUCUAUCCAGACGCACACCUUUGUCUCAAUCCAACUCGGUAAGAAGGUAUAUACCAAAGGUACUUUCAGCCAUUUCUUCUUCUGACACGGAUCAAACUAAUGUCGAAGCUGAGCAGCCUGUGGCUAUGGCUAAUUCUCUUGAGAUUGAAUGCAAUCGGAUCAAUUGCCUUGUGUGGGUACUCCAUGAAUCUGCCAGAAGUUUUUCAGUUGCAAUUCAGAAACUUAAAUUAACUAGACGUGACCCGGAGCUGGCAAUGGCAUGGGUUGGAAUUGAUGUUCACUCAUGGCACAAAAAAAUUGCUUAUCAGGUAGCAGUUUACGCUUUACUAAAGGCAGCAAUUGAGGUGGAGCUAUUUCUUUCUCACAAACGUAGCACUAAUGCUUCAGUUUCGGUUUCUGAGAUCCUGUACACCACUACAAGUACUCUUGAGGAGUGCAUAGAAAGUCAGCUUACCUCGAGGAGCCCACAAUUAGUACAUUGGUUUAAAACUGUGGAAAUGCCUCGCAUUGCUGGAUUGUUCAUCCCUCUGUUCAAAAAGUGGUCCUUGGAUUAUGCAGGAAGUGGUGUUGCAGGGAUCAUUUUGGCAAUAAGUUGCUGCACUGCAGUGAGAAAGUUGGGUUCAGGGCGUCUUUCUUGUCCUUCACUAUCUGAAUCUAUAGAAGAUAUACUAGUAAAGCUGAUGAACUUGUCCUACAGCCUCGUUUCUGUGGAUAAGUUGCACCACCUGGCAAGGGAGGCUGGUUUUGAAGAGGACUUCUUGUUGCAUUUUGGUUCAAAGAUUCUGCCCAGUAAGAACACUGAAAAUAUGGAAUUUUGGAUUGGCCUUGUCCGGGCAAAACUCUCUGAAGCAUUUCACAGGGAGAGUGUGAUCUCGGGGAAACAAGCAUUCUGCGACAAGGAUCAGGAGAAUAAUUUGUCUAUUCUUGGACUUUUUGCAUAUUUGGGAAGGGAGACAAGAUUAUUCAUAUCAAGAAUGAAGAUUAAAGAUCUGGAUGAACAAGUUGUGGACUUUCUCAGUUAUUUAGAGUGUGGCACUCUCUUCAUCUAUCCUAAAUUUUCUUCCCUGCGUGAGUAUCAGCUCUUCAUGGAGGUAGUUACUGAUGAAAUUGGAUGGCUAGAUUUCUAUGCCGAAUAUUAUUGCAAGUUCUAUCAAGGUAGGCGAAGAUCCAAACAACACAAGAUACAGGCAGAAAAAGAAAUCAUUCUGCACACAGUUUUCACAGUUUGCUACGAUGUUUUCUCUGGGUUUGCGCACUACAGUAAUUCAACUCAACAGCCCUUAGAUUCGAAUUUGCUUGCAUUUUUGCUUCGAAGUCAGAGCUUACUUUCUAUCUGUCUGGAGGACUACUGGGCUGCAUAUGAUAGAUCCGGUACUAGUGAACACAUGAAAAACUUGGAGGGAGCUCAGUGGAAACCAAUCGAUUUCCGUAAAAGAGGAAGUGAACAACAUGGAUCAGAAGUUACUAAGACUGCUCAAAUUAGGCAGGGUUUGAUUCCUGAGUCAAAGUCCCUUUACGGGAGUCUACUGAGUAAAUCCUCCUCCAAGCUUAUAUCUGCAAGUACGGCUAUCUGGAUGGGCACUCAGCUACUUUGUGUAGAUGUAUUAGUUUCUUUGAAACUUUUUAUGAAGCAAUUACUGGGGAAAAAGGUUACCGAAAGAGAGAAGAAGAAGAUAGAUAAAACUCUAGCUGAUAUUGCAACACUAAUUCCGGUUACGAUCCUAAUGCUAAUUCCGGUGUCCGCAGUGGGACAUGCAGCUAUGUUAACAGCAAUUAAGAGAUACAUUCCAGCACUGAUUCCAUCUCCAUAUUGUUCUGAAAGGCUUAACAUGGUGAAACAACUAAAGAGAACAAAGAAGAUGGAAAUCCAGGCGUGGAGCAACAUUGAAGAUAAUGCCAUGUUCGGUGAAGGAAGUAGAGAAGUUAAAGAGGGAAGUUGUUUAUCUGGAAGCAAAAUGCAUGAAGAAGAUAACGGAAGUAGAAAGACGGAAGUUCAAUCAUAAAGAUGUAUGUCACCAGAUAAACUUCCUCCAAAGUUGCUCUUAUAAGCUCAAUAACCAUCAUAUUAGUAAAUUAUUAUCUGAAUGAGUCUGUAAAUAGCUAGAUGUGCAUAGUAACCUGAACCAUUACCAGGAAACUGGUAAUUGGCAUGUAAGAUAUGAUAUAUCAUAAGAAAGUUGUGCACAAAACUCUCACAUCAUCAUAAAAGUCUUGUUAAAUGCAACCUUGCCCUUGUAAAAUUUUAUAAAGAGGCGUUCAGAUAUGUUACAUAUCACUUAUUUAUGAA